UGGAGUACAGAGGCAAAUCAAGAAAAACUAUGUCUUUGUCCCAAACAUGGGCUCACUGUAGAUUUAAUCACUGUAGUAAUAUUAUGAACUGCAUGUAAAAUAAAAUCUACUCAUUACAUUUUUCAUUGUAAUAUGUAGUCAAAAGUAAGGCUGUGUCAAACAUUUGAAAUAAAGCCACUAAGCAAUUGUGCACAGCAGUCAACUGCACAAGAAAUCCCCUUUCAAAUUGAGGUUUUGUGUGUGCCGCAUCAUUUGAAAGAUGCCUCUUUUGCAUUGGGGGGGAGGGGGAAAAAAACCCAAUACUUGUCAAUAUGCUUCGCUAGGCUGAAGGUUUUUGCCCACAACACUUUCACUGACUGAGCAUCUUGGAUGAAAAUUCUGAGAAAUUCACCUCUCAUUUCCUCUAUCACCAUAAAGAGUGACAUGCUAACUCCUGCACUUCAGAAGACACAUUCACUUACCAUAGGAGAGACGUAUCUGUCUUACUCAUCUGAGAUAAGCUGUGGCCAUGCUGGCACUUUGGGGCAUGAUUUUGACCCUGUCCUCUGUGACCGGAAGCUGCCCUGAGCCAUGUGAAUGUAUGGAUGACUCCACGCUCAACUGUCAAGACAAAGAGCUUGAGUCACUCCCGUCCCUCCCACCUGGAACCAAGGAGGUCUAUGCCACACACAACCUCAUCCACUCACUUCCUGCUGAUGGGUUGGAAGAGCUUCAGAUCUUAGAUCUGACCAAGAACCGGCUCAAUGUUUCCAUCUCAAACAGCUCUGCUCUCCCAGACAUGAGGAAGCUGGACAAGCUCUUCCUCAGGGACAACAGGUUGGAUACGCUGUCCCCUGGACAGCUCCGAGGCCUCACCAACCUGACGCUCCUGGACCUCAGCGAGAACCGCAUCAAGGCCUUGCUGCCUGGGUCUCUCAGGGGACUGCAGAACCUGGACACACUUAUCCUCAGCCUGAACAAGAUCCGCUCGCUGCGUCCCGGUGCACUGGAGGGAGCUCCCAGGCUUACUGUCCUCCACCUGAGUGGCAAUGCCAUAGAAGAACUGGAGGAGGGCGUGUUUGAAAACUCCACAAGUCUUCAGAUGCUGAUUUUGUCGAGGAACAGUUUAAGUAACAUAAGGAAUGGGUCCUUUAGGGGAGCUACAGGCCUUAAGCACCUUGACCUAAGGAGCAACAGCCUGGGAUCAGUACCUGUAGCUGCUCUAAAGGAUAUCCCCAAUCUUCAGAGCUUGAAUUUACAGAAGAAUAAUCUCUCCAGCCUUUCAGAUGAGGUAUUUGCUGGACUGACAUCUCUUAAGGAAUUGGAUCUGAGCAACAAUUUCCUGACUUCACUCUCUGAGAGAUCCCUGAAAAACUUAACUGAGCUAGGUCGGCUAGAUUUGAGCUUCAACCGGAUUUGGUCCCUUCCCUCUGGGCUGUUCCAGGACCUGGGCAAGCUGGAGAUCUUAGACAUCUACCAUAACAGGCUGAGCUCCCUCCCAGCAGACCUUUUUCGCAACAUGACUCUCCUGAAAGAGCUUCAGCUGGACAGUAAUAACAUCUCCUGGAUCCCUUCUGAAAUUUUUCAUGAAACACCUGGGCUCCAUGAGCUGCAGCUGGACAACAACCGACUUGUUGACCUCCCAGCAGACCUUUUCUCCAACGUCAGAGAGCUGAGGAUUCUGUACUUGAACCACAACGACCUGUCCAGGAUUCCUAAGGCCAUCUUGAGCCGAACUCGAAAACUGCGGGAACUGCACCUGGACAACAAUUUUCUUGAACCCCUCCCACGUUCAACCUUCCAAGAGCUGACCAAGCUCAGGAUCCUGAAGCUGCACAAUGACCACUUAUCCACUCUCCACCCAGACUUGUUCACCCACCUUAAGAGCUUGAAGGAGCUGUUCCUCAAUGACAACAAGAUUAAAGUUCUUCCAUUGGGUUUGUUUAAAGAGCUUGGGAACCUCAAGGCACUCUACUUGGACAACAACCAGCUGACUAGCCUGUUCCCUGAGCACUUUGAGAAUAUGGAAAACCUCAAGGAACUGCACCUGAGCUUCAACCGCCUCUCUGAACUUCCCCCUAAUGUCUUCCACUCCCUGGCAGACCUGAGGACGCUAUAUCUCCACAACAAUCGCCUCACCUCUCUGCCAGCUAAUAUCUUCAACCCACUGAUGAAACUGCAGGAUCUUGAUUUAGACAAGAAUAAACUUGACCGCCUGCCCCCUCAACUCUUCCAGAGCCUCGAGCAGCUCAAAGUGCUCUACCUCAGUUCCAACCAUCUCAAGGCCCUUGAGCACGGCACACUCUCACCUUUGCGGUUCCUGGAGGUGAUCUAUCUGGAUGGAAACCCCUGGAACUGCACCUGUGCCUCUAUCCUGUAUAUCAGCAACUGGACCAAUCAGCAUCCAGCCCUUUUGAAGGACCACCCCACAUGCCCCAAAAUGGGAAAGCCCCUGUCCCAGCCAGCACAGUUCCCUUCUUUGCUGCCCCAGUGUGACAGUGGAGCUGCACAGCUACCCACGUACGGGGCAUCACUGCGCUUGCCAGCAGUACUCACAGCUGUGCUCUGGGCUAUGGGCUUCCUGUGAGGUUUCAUGCUUCUGCCUUCCAUCCCUUUUGUUUGUGCUCAAAACCAUGGUGCUUCUGAUCAGAAGAGCAGUUUAUGUGCCUCCUUGGCCCUAGGAAUCAUCCCAACCCCCCAUCCCCAUAAC